AUGACCCCCAUCCUCUGUGCCCUGCUGAGCCUUGACAAACUCCCCAGACCCUCCCUCUCAGCAGAGAAUGGCUCUUUGGUGCCCUUAGGGGAAAAUGUGACCCUCAAGUGCAGGGGGUCGUGGGAGGCUGAUCUGUACCGUCUGGUGAAAGAGAAAGGAUCCAAGAAGUCAAAGAUCACAGAUGUGAGAGCAGCUGGAAUUGAGCUUGAGUUUCCCAUCUCAUAUGUGACAGCAAAGGAUGCAGGGACCUACCAUUGCUGGUACAGACACUCGUUCAUUUGGUCAGAGCCCAGUGACCCCCUUGAGCUGGUGGUGACAGGGACCAUCAUGAACCCCUUCCUCUGUGCACUGCUGAGCCUUGGGUGCUGGGUGGGGAGGAUGUGGGAGCUGGGAGUAAUCAGGGUCCUCUCUGCCAGGACUGUGUCUAAGCCAGAGGAUGAGGACACAGGCAGCAGGGCAGAGAAUGGCCCUUUGGUGCGCCAAGGGGAAACUGUGACCCUCAAGUGCAAGGGGUCAAGGAAGGCUGAUGAGUGGCGUCUGGAAAAAAAACUCAGAUCUAAAAGGUGGAAGAUCAUGGAUGUGAGAGGACCUGGAACUGGAGUUGAGUUUUCCCUCCCUUCUGUGGCAUGGAUGGAUGCUGGGACCUACCACUGCCUCUACAGUCACUCAUCACACUGGUCAAAGUCCAGUGACCCCCUGGAGCUGGUGGUGACAGGACACUAUGAUCGACCCAGUCUUCUGGCUCGGCCCAGCUCUGAGGUGGCCUCAGGACAGAAUGUGACCCUCCAGUGUUGGACAGAUCAAUCCUAUGACUGGUCUGUCCUAUACAAGGAUGGAGAAAAGCUCACCCAGAGCCAAGUCCUGCCCAGUUUUGGGGGAUAUAAGGCUGACUUCUCCAUCCUUGAUGUGACCUCUAUGCAUGGAGGCACUUACCAAUGCUACAACUUUGUCAAUGACUACCCUGAUGGAGUGUCAGCCACCAGCAAUCCCCUGGUGCUCAGGGUCACAGGGACCAUCAUGAACCCCUUCCUCUGUGCCCUGCUGAGCCUUGGGUGCUGGGUGGGGAGGAUGUGGGAGCUGGGAGUAAUCAGGGUCCUCUCUGCCAGGGCUGUGUCUGGGCCAGAGGAUGAGGACACAGGCAGCAGGGCAGAGAAUGGCCCUUUGGUGCGCCAAGGGGAAACUGUGACCCUCAGGUGCAAGGGGUCAAGGAAGGCUGAUGAGUGGCGUCUGGAAAAAAAACUCAGAUCUAAAAAGUGGAAGAUCAUGGAUGUGAGAGGACCUGGAACUGGAGUUGAGUUUUCCCUCCCUUCUGUGGCAUGGAUGGAUGCUGGGACCUACCACUGCCUCUACAGUCACUCAUCACACUGGUCAAAGUCCAGUGACCCCCUGCAGCUGGUGGUGACAGGACACUAUGAUCGACCCAGUCUUCUGGCUCGGCCCAGCUCUGAGGUGGCCUCAGGACAGAAUGUGACCCUCCAGUGUUGGACAGAUCAAUCCUAUGACUGGUCUGUCCUAUACAAGGAUGGAGAAAAGCUCACCCAGAGCCAAGUCCUGCCCAGUUUGGGGAGAUAUAAGGCUGACUUCUCCAUCCUUGAUGUGACCUCUAUGCAUGGAGGCACUUACCAGUGCUACAACUUUGUCAAUGACUACCCUGAUGGAGUGUCAGCCACCAGCAAUCCCCUGGUGCUCAGGGUCACAGAUACUACUGCCCAGGAUUACACUGUGAACAAUCUGGUCCGCCUCAUCUUGUCUGGGCUGGUGCUCAUCCUCCUGGGGGUCCUGCUGAUUGAGCACUGGAAAAGCUCCAGGAAGCACAAGAAUCAGUCCAGGGAGCCCUUGUCAGAGCAGUCUGGUCAGACCAGACCUGGAGGCAGACCUGAUGUGUAG